ACUUGCAAAAUGAAGGUGAUUUUCGCAAAAAAUUGCAAAUCAACAAUGAAAUAAAUAAGAAGAAUGAAGAUCUUAUCAAGCAAACGAAUAAGAACUGGCGAUUAUCUGAUGUAUUUCGUGGAGCAAAAGGUGCUGACGCACUUCUUCAAUGCAAAGUACGGUUGCACGAGCUCAAG